AUGUUUGAGCCCAGCAAACGCGUCGCCCAAAUCAAUAGGAGUCUGUUCCUUGUCCCGUUGGAGUCCCUCGUUGACAGAGUGCUCCUGGAACGCCUGAGCAGCGGCCUUGACGGCCGGGUCGUUGAAAUUGUGGUUGUACUCUUUGUUCAUGGUGUCCAGCACGUUCUCGAGCUUCUGCAGACUGUCCUGCUGGGCCUGGAGCUGGCUGAUCUUGGCAGAGGCUUCCUCGGAAAGUUUCUCGACCUUGGCGGUGAGAUCGUUGAAGACUGCCACGAUCUCAUUCUCCUCCUGGCUGUAGGUGCGGAUCUUGCUCAACUGGUGCAAUUCGUGCUCGAGCUCUGCGAUCUUGGACUCCAAUUGGUGGAGAUCGUGCUGGAGUCUGCUGCGUUUCUUGAACACCUGGUGGGCGAGUUUUUCUUUCUUCUCGAGUCCCUUGCGGACGAUCUCGUCACGCUUCUGGUUCUCCUUUUCCCAGGCGGCGUGCAUCUCGGCACAUUUCGACGGACAAAGCCCCUCUGGCUCGUCGGACCCGUCGCAGCACACGUCAUAGUCGCAAACGCCGUCGUUCACCUUGAACCAGGGGAUGUAGCCGGGCGAAAACCCUUCAUUGGCGCAGUAGAACUGCGUUCCCACGCACGCCGAGGUGCCUGGCUCAUCAGAGCCGUCGGGGCAGUCGCAGUAGUCGUCGUUGAUUUUGUCUGCGGAAAUGACGAUUUGCGGGUCGCCCAGACACCGCCAAAGCCCGUUUUCGUCGGGCUGGUAGACCGCCUGGCUCUCUGGCGAGACUCCUCGAACCCAAUGGGCGGAGGCCUGGACACAAAGCAGAAUCAGUGCUAUCAUUAA